AUGUACAUAGCAAACCUCAGCCCGACCCCACCCAUCGAACUGCCUGGUGUCAAAUUGGAAGCCGGCAAGAAACAUACUGAAAUAAGGACCGUCGGGGAUCGGAUAGUGGUGGAAGAAGUGGUGUUUAAAGAAUACAGCGCCGAUCAGGCGAGCGAGAUUGAUCCCUCAAACUUUGACACAAUGUCCAUUCGAACUGAUGUCUCUGAUGAUGAUAUGAGUGUCAUCGCUUCCGAUUUGCCGAUGGAUGACUUUUUGCCGGCCGAAGAAGCAAUGGAAGCAUUUGCUGUUGAUGAUCAGAUCGCUGAUGAUCGGCACUAUAAAAGGUUGAUGGCCGAACAAUGCAAUUCGAUGACGGCGAACCUCCAGGAUCUUGCUGUCAUCAUCAACGUUGCUGAUAAUAAUCUGAAGGUUAUUGGGAAAUCAGAAAGAUUUUCUUUAUUACAAGAGCUCGGCCUAAUGAGAGGCGAUGUCUACAAAUCAAUACCACCAAGCCUGCCACCCCAGCCAGCCUCUGAUCCGCAGAUUCAAUUCACGCUUUUCUCGCCGGCUGAUCAACAGAUUUCAAUUCUGAAUUUGAAUGCCAGCAGAAUGGAUUUAAUUCUGGAGGAUGAGAUUGUCAGCCAUCUGUCAGCUUUCAUUCAAGAUGAUCAGCCUACUCCUAACAAACUUCGGCUGCAAGUCCAAGUCAAUGAUUCCCAGGUGGAAAUCCGGGACCCAAAAAAGAAGAAACCCCUCCGACUAAAAAUCAAGCAAUGUGUCAUCGAACAAGAAGAAGAC